UCUCUCCCAUUCAGCCGACUGCCGAGAGCGGUCGCGUGGUCGGGCCUCGGCUUUCCCGCCCGGCGAGUGUCGACGUCGCCGGCUCACGAGGGCGACGCAAUAUUUACAACCGGCGCCUCGCUGAGGAUCCCAACGCUUCGACGUGGUAGUGUGUGCGUGCGCUGUGUGUUUUUUUGGUGGGAUACAAGAAGGGCCCGCAAGUUUGGGGACCCAUUUGUGUCAGCGUAACCACAAUGCAAAACGGCAGCUACACCUCGCUCAACAAGACGGCGGAUGGCGAUGGCCGACGCAAGAGCUCGGCCAGCGAGGACACGCGAGGCAAGUUCGGCAGCCGCAUCGAGUCGCUGCUCUACUGCAUCGGCUUCGCCGUCGGCAUCGGCGACGUCUGGCGGUUCCCCAUCCUGGUCUACCAGAAUGGAGGAGGUGCUUUCUUCGCAGCGUACGUGAUCGUCAUGAUCCUGGUGGCCAUUCCCCUGUUCACCAUGGAACUGGCGCUUGGUCAGUUUUCCAGCCUCGGACCGAUUGCGGUGUGGAAGUGUCUACCGGUGGCUCAAGGCAUCGGCGUCGCCAUGGUGGUGAUGUCGCUGCUGGUGGCCAUCUACUACAACGUCAUCCUAUGCUACACACUCUACUACCUGGCACAGUCCUUCCGCUCCGUGCUGCCCUGGGCAGACUGCUACGAGUGGUGGGGCGCGGACCCGGAGACCUGCUACGUGCGAUACAGCAACCACACAAGGUGCCGAGACGUUCCAGAGGUACUGUGGCGGGAUUACGGUGGUUUCAACAGCAGCAACGCAAGCAGCAUCACCACUGAUCUCUUUCCCUCAAGUGACGUAGUCUGGCUGACGUCAGCUGUGCACGGCGUCAACUUCACCGUGCCCAUGGAGGCGUUCCAGACCGUCAUGGCAAACUGCUCGAACGCCACUCAGACGGCGGCAGAACAGUUCUGGGAGAAGUACGUCCUGGACCUGUCUCCGAACAUAGAGGAGGUUGGCGGCAUCAAGUGGGAUCUCGGUCUGUGCCUCUUCGUCAGCUGGCUGAUCGUAUUCCUCUGCCUCAUUCGCGGCGUGUCCUCGUCGGGAAAGGUGGUGUACUUCACGGCGACCUUUCCGUACGUGGUGCUGUUCAUCCUGCUUGUCAAGGGCGUCACCCUGAGUGGCUCGGGACAGGGCAUCGCCUACUUCCUCGUGCCCGACUUCGCCAAACUAACAGACCUCAACAUAUGGAGGCGAGCGACGGAGCAGGUCUUCUACUCGCUGGCGAUCUCGUGGGGAGGCCUCAUCAUGUCCGGAAGCUACAAUCCGUUCCGAUACGCCAUUCACAUUGACGCUUCGAUCGUGGUGAUUGCCGACCUGAUCACAAGCUUGCUCGGAGGCAUCGCCAUCUUUGCCGUGCUGGGUCACAUGUCCCUCGAACUUCAGGUGCCCAUCGAGGAAGUAGCCAAGGCCGGUCAAGGCCUGGCCUUCGUCAUCUAUCCCGAGGCCCUGACCACCUUCUGGUGUCCACAACUGUGGUCUUUCAUCUUCUUCUUCAUGCUCUACCUGCUCGGAAUAGACAGCGAGUUCCCGCUUCUACAAACGACGCUGACAGUACUGUCGGACACGUUUCCCGUGCUACGCAAGUAUCGUAGCAUCACCGCCUUCAUCGCCUGCAGCACCUGCUUCGUCAUCGGGCUUUCCUGCGUCACUCAGGGCGGCCAGUACGUGCUGAACCUGCUGGACACCUACUGCGCCGGCGUGUCUGCACUGUUCAUCGCCAUGUGCGAGGUCAUGGCACUCAUGUGGCUGUACGGUGUGCGACGUUUCUCCAACGACAUCAAGUUCAUGCUGGGCAAGACCCCUCCGUGGAUCUUCCGAUUCAGCUGGACAUUCCUGUCGCCCCUCAUCCUAUGCGUUCUAGUGGUGUACGGCCUAGUCAUGGCUGCCCCCGUCAUGUACAACAACGUCGAGCCCUAUCCAGCGUGGGCCAACAGGUUGGGCUGGUUCUUCGCCUCGUUGUCCAUGAUCCAGAUCCCACUCUGGGCGGCAGUGGCACUCUUCAGGGCCAGAAAAAACAUUCGCUCGGCCUUCGAGCCAACGGACACGUGGGGUCCUGCGGAGAAGAAGCUUCUCCAGGAGUACCGAGCGACCGUGGCCAACUCCAAGGACAGGACUUGCAAUGUGGCGCUACGGACUGUGUCCGCCAACGGAACGGCGGCUUAACUUAUUCCUCUCCCGUUGGUUGAUCGGGACUAUCGUACGUUCAGUUCACUCGGUGCUCGGUCUUGUCGUGUAGAUUCAUUUGUUUCCACUUCGCACAACCGAUCUUGAAGAGCUCAUCUCAAUCUGCAGAGCUCAUCGAGGAAUACACACUCCUCCCUUGCGAAUGGCAAGGGCUAGGUUGUUGCGCAUUCAUUUUAAAGACGUGUUAUCAAGCGCAGGUGUUGAGCCGGUAUGACUAUUCAAGCAGUUGCUUGCUCGAACCGUAAAUUAGAAGGCAGCAGCGAUUAUACCUUGAUGUUGUGGGUAAGCUGCACGAGUCGCUUAAGUUGUGUUGGGCAAGAAGACACAUGGCAACUGAUCGCCACGGAGUCCUUUUAUUUAUUAUUUGCUGAAACCCCCAUUAUUUGCUGAAUGAAUGCAGUGUUUAGCCUCACACGACCUCAGCCUAAAGGACACUCGAUCAUCCGUAAAGUAAGUCACCGCCAUGCUGCAUAACGCUUGUGGCGUCAUCUGUUCAUAAGAGUCAUGAGACCGUACAUCCCGAGCAUGGCCUCUGGGAUCGUCGGUGUCCGCAAGCGCGCCUAUUGAUCUCGGAGGCUUUUUUUUUUCUUUUCAUCUCAGGUGCACUACGCAUCAGGUAAUAGCUUGAGAGAACCCCGUGUCGCGAAACGCUCUCUGAAUGAUCUGGUUAUGCUUCCGGAAUCUCGAUUUCAGAUUUGCAUUUUAACGUGUUCUUAGUCACUCUACAGCUUAGUCGUGUUUCUGAUAGAUGGCGCCACUACGCUACGUAAAUACGGCGACGUCCUUGACGGUCAUGAUGCAUCGACUGGUAACACGUGGUUUAUGUCAGUAUCCUAUAACCAUACAUUUCCGUCUAUUGGAACUAGUCGAACGUUAAUUGCGCGAUUGCUCGCACUCGAAUGAAUUGGGACUCGUUCGCCGUUUGCAGAACCAAAUGAAUCUACACGAGCCGUUUCGAAUCCAGAACGAACGAUACCCACGAGCGUCUUUUGCGAAUAUGUGCAUACGUUCCUGAUAUUGUGCUGUGGAAAAAGUCCACAGCUACUUGAUUGAUUCCGAGUGAUAUUCAAGGAACCAGUAUGUCGAAUGUACCUGUUCGAUUGUGAUUUAGAUGCGAGAAAAAAAAAAAGGAAAAGCAGUGCGCCUGUGCCGAAGCUUUUGUCGAAAAAAAAAAAGAAAGUCAAGGGCAAUGUCGAGGAAAACGCAACUAAGAAGAAUCUGGAGAGUAGAAUUCGGGUAUAAUGGAUUUCCAUGAAUGCAUUGGUGUCAUUGUUUACAAAGUUAUGUUAAAAAAACCUAAGCUACAGCAUUCAGCACCGUUAUACUUACAUCGAAUCUGUGACAACCCUGUAGACGUUCGUCUGCGUUUACUGCAUAUGUAUACCAUCAUCGUUAUGCUGAAUCUGUAGAUGUCGUUGUUUGUAAACUAUACAGCGCGUACACGUACAACUCUGCGAGUUAGCAGAGUUGGGCUUGACUUUAACAUUCUAUGAAUGUUUUACACGUUGUUGGAAAGUCCGUUUUCUCAUACUCCGUUAUUCAAGACUUAUGGAAGCUCACCCAGUCUUCAUUCACAGGACCAUGACACUGUUGUUACAUUGUUUCUUUAGGUAUAUAUUCUUGACACUUAAACCCCCCCCCCCCCUGCCCUUCUCCCCGGCCAUUGAUAUCACUGUUGCUCAUUGUACGACGCAUGACACUAUAUUCCCGACAACCUUGCUGCAUCUAAGCAGUAUGCGACUGAUACUAGACAACCUUGCUGCAUCUAAGCAGUAUGCGACUGAUGCUAGAGAAAAAAAGAAUUACCACGAUUUAUGUGGAGUAUCGUGCGAUCAAUGCUAUGACUCCGUAUAUAUGGUCAAGGAACAUGCGAAACGAAGACUGCCAAUUUAUACGAAAUACUAGCGCCUUAGAGAACUUACGUUGUUCGUGAGCAAUUUUGGGCGCUUUUAUACUUUUUUUCAUUGACGCUACGUUCCCGACAUACUUUCCUGCCAAGAGUGUUUUGGCCGUGCAGUUGUGACGUAGCGUCAUUGAAAGAAACAGCCAGCUCGUGAUGUCACAGAAACAAUUAGACUAAUAUUCUCGAACACGUGGUGCCGUUGGAGAUAACGUUUUGACAAAUGGUAUUGCCUUCUUCAAAAAGGCAGCAACUUCGUCUCAAGUCUUGUCUUCUUCACAGUUCCUUCCUUAAAGAAAACUACUUGUCGGAACGUUGCUUCCAGUGACGUCUCGUGUUCGAGGAACAUUCAUUUCAAGGCUAUAUCUUCCCCAAAACAUCUACACAAAAACAAAUGUUACAUAAUAUAUCACUGCCCGGAAAGUUAGUAAUGUUUGGAGAAAGCGCUAAGCACCAAGGAGCUAGGAACAUUUUUUUUUUUUUUUUACACUGUGUUAUCCGAGUCCCGAUGCGCCUUGUGUUCCGUACGAAUGUCCUGCAGGGAGGUCAUUGUGGUCGCCAUCUUGAAGUUCCAAAACAUACGAAAGCUGCUGCGUAAGCAAAAAAAAAAAAGCGACACUACGGCAUAUCUUAGGUCGUACAACCAGAUAGCAAAUGGCGAUUAUCCACUGAAAAACUCCCACCAUUGUGCGGUCAAUGUACACACGAUCACGAUGCGCAGUGACGUCACCUUAAACGUCAUACUUGAGAACUAUAGCGCGGAGAGAAGUUGCCGCAGUGACGUCAGUCACAGUGAAUGAGUACGGAAGGUGCACAUUUGAGAGACAAUCGAAGAACCGAUCCGGGACGGCUGAACUACAUACUGAACAUGUAUUCUGUGCGUUUUAAACAUAUAGUUGUUAUUGUGCGAACAUCGUUCCGAACAUGGCAUCAUUGUUCACUGGGCCACUUCACACACACGCAUUGAAUUGUAAACAGCGAGCUGCCAACUUACCUCGCGAAAUCGUUUGUCUAAAGAGCGCUGUGAACGCUUCAGAAUUAAAAAGAAACGAUUCCUUUGUUUUA